AUGGUCCCCGGGAUGAGAGCGCUGCUGCUGUUCCUGGCAGUGACCGUUUACGCCUCCAGCGCCCAGACAGACAACAAGCAGCCGCCGCCGCCGCACGGCGGCAACUGGGACGAGCCCAUCAAAUUCAGCACCAAGACCAAGGACUCCUGCGCCAUGGUGACGUCUGCGCUGGGGAACUACACUCGCCUGCGUGUCUCCUGCAAAGGUCAGAGCCAAGGUCAGACCCCGGGACGCUCCUACUACUGCGACUUCCAGGGGAAACCCAACCUCUGUCGCGCCUACGGCGCCAACCCUCGCCACUACUUCACCCAGAUGAUGUGGGAGCUGCGGAAGCUGGGCCACGCCUGCCAAGGAGCCAAGCUCUAUCGGCCGCCCAUGUGCAAGAAGUACCCCGACGAGGCCCAGAUGACCUUCUUGGCCUCCUGGCCCAAGACCGCCGUCCCCAGGCCGCCCAAGCCCGGGCCCGACAGGCAGGCGGCGCCGACCCAGAGUAAGCCGGCCGCCACCGUCAGGCCCAACAGGCCCGCGAAGCCUCAGCCGGGCAAGAACAGGAAGAGCACCGUCAGGCCGCUGAAGCCCGCCGCCCCCCCCACGGAGCAGCCCGACGCCGCGGCCCAGCGCCUCGCCUCCGAGUACUGCUGGAAGAGCCUCCACGGCAUCUGCGCCUACGUCAUCAGCUGGUUCCAGGAGUGA